AUGGAUAUGGGGAGAAAUGAGAGUUCUGUGACCAUGUUCAUCCUUCUUGGAUUCUCAGAUCAACCUGACCUUCAGAUCAUCCUCUUUGUGAUAUUCCUGGUACUUUACCUUAUGACAGUGACUUGGAAUCUGGUUCUCAUUAUUCUCAUCAGGAGUGAUUCUCAUCUACAUUCCCCCAUGUACUUCUUCCUCAGUUUCCUGGCCUUCAUAGACAUCUGCUACUCUUCUGCUAUUACCCCAAGAAUGCUCUCUGACUUCUUCCAUGAGGAAAAGAGUAUUUCCUUCCUGGGUUGUGCAACUCAAUAUUUUUUUAUGGCCUUGAUGGGGUUGACUGAGUGUUUACUUUUGACUAUCAUGGCAUAUGACCGCUAUGUGGCCAUCUGCAGCCCAUUGAGAUAUCCCACCAUCAUGAAUCUCCAAGUAUGUAAGAAGAUGGUGGCUGGGGCUUUCAUAGGUGGAUUUUUCAGUAGCCUUAUUGAAACAGUUGCAGGUUUCCACCACCAUUUCUGUGGGCCAAACAUAAUUAAUCAUUUUUUCUGUGAUGUGCCUCAAGUCAUGGCCCUGUCUUGCUCCAACACCUUCAUCGGUCAAAUAAUGUUAUUUGUUAUGGUGGUUCUUGUCGGGUUCUUUUCAUUCCCCAUUAUCAUCAUGUCCUAUGCAUACAUCACAGUCACAGUCCUGAAAAUGCCUUCAGCAAAGGGAAGGAUAAAGGCCUUCAAUACCUGUGCCUCUCAUUUGACAGUUGUGACACUCUUUUAUGGCACUGCCUUUGUUGUGUACUUUCAGUCUGGUUCUGGCCAUUCCCCAAAUGUGGACAAAAUGUUGUCUGUCUUCUAUGUCAUCCUAAUCCCCAUGCUGAACCCCCAGAUCUAUAGUCUCAGGAACAAGGAGAUCAAAGAUGCCCUAAAGAGGCUGGUGAAAAAAGACAUUUCCCCUUAA